AUAAAAAAAGUGAAGUAAAUGAUGAAAGUGAAGAAAAUCAUGAAGAUGAAGACAAAAAAUAUAAAGAUAAAAAAGAUGAAGGCAAAAAAGAUAAAGAUAUAUUUUUGGUUGAUUUUGAUGAUUAG